CAGUGUUGUCAGGCAAAAUAUAAGACAGCAGUAGGAGCAGAGAUCUGCAAUAGAUAAACACAUAGGCUCACACACACCAGCUGGCUUGCUUACAGACACACACCAGGAUCACUGAGAGACGGAGGCUGUGAAACUGGGGGAUUGUGGUUAUAGUCUCUUAUUUCCUAGUAUUAAAGGGCUUAUUGUGAUCAUUCAUUUCAGUGGAAAGCAAGCGCCGAAAGAAAGGCAGGUGUGCCCUUUAAGAGGGGGAGCAGCUGAGGCAAGGACAGCAUCCGAGUCUGCAUCCUCUGUGGAGAGUUUCAGUUCAGUUUUCUGAAGAGUGUUCGUUCUACUCGGAAAUAGGCUGCAAUGGUUGGCAACAGCCAAAGGCCUAAACCUGUCUGAGUGAGCCUAUGAACAGCAGACCUGAUGGACAUCAAAGGCCAGUGCUGGACAGAUGAGGAGUCGGACGGAGAGAACGAGUCGGAACAGUUCCUGUAUGGCAUUCAGGGGAGCUGCGCUGCUGACCUGUACCGCCACCCUCAGUUAGAUGCAGACAUCGAGGCUGUAAAGGACAUUUACACUGAGAGUGCUGUCUCUGUCAGGGAGUAUGGAACAAUUGAUGACGUGGACAUCGAUCUUCACAUUAACAUUGGUUUCUUAGAUGAGGAGGUUGCGACAGCUUGGAAAGUUAUCAGAACAGAGCCCAUUAUUCUGAGACUGCGCUUUUCUCUUUCUCAGUACCUCGACGGACCUGAGCCGUCAGUAGAAGUGUUUCAGCCCUCCAAUAAAGAAGGUUUCAGCCUCGGCCUACAGCUCAAAAAGAUCCUGAGCACGUUCACCUCGCAGCAGUGGAAGCACCUCAGUAAUGAAUUUCUUAAAGCCCAGCAGGAGAAGAGGCACAGCUGGUUCAAAGCCGGAGGAACCAUCAAGAAGUUCCGGGCCGGGCUCAGCAUCUUCUCCCCCAUACCCAAGUCUCCAAGUUUUCCCCUAAUCCAAGACACGGUUUUAAAAGGGAAGCUGAGUGUUCCUGAGCUGAGAAUGACCCGUCUGAUGAACCGCUCUAUCUCAUGUACCAUGAAAAACCCUAAAGGGGAGCUCUUCAGUUAUCCUCCAAACAGCCAGACUGUGGCUGUCCCAGCGGCCAGGGCCCCAGCGCAGAUUACCACGAGGCAGCUGAUUGAAUUGUUUUUCUCAUCCCAGGCGGGAGGACACUGCAAGAACAUCCCUACCUUGGAGUAUGGCUUCUUAGUGCAGAUAAUGAAGUACUCCGAGCAGAGGAUCCCCACACUCAACGAGUACUGUGUAGUGUGUGACGAACAGCAUGUCUUUCAGAAUGGAUCCAUGCUGAAGCCGGCUGUGUGCACCAGGGAGCUGUGUGUGUUUUCCUUCUACACUCUGGGUGUCAUGUCUGGAGCUGCAGAGGAAGUCGCCACCGGAGCAGAGGUAGUGGACCUCCUUGUGGCCAUGUGUCGAGCUGCUCUUGAGUCUCCCCGUAAGAGCAUCAUCUUUGAGCCCUACCCUUCUGUUGUGGAUCCUAAUGACCCUAAAACUCUAGCCUUCAACCCAAAGAAGAAGAAUUAUGAAAGACUGCAAAAAGCACUGGAUAGCGUCAUGUCCAUCCGGGAAAUGACACAGGGCUCAUAUCUGGAGAUCAAAAAACAGAUGGACAAACUGGACCCUUUGGCCCAUCCUCUGCUACAGUGGAUUAUUUCCAGUAACAGGUCUCAUAUUGUCAAGCUGCCACUGAGUAGGCAACUCAAAUUCAUGCACACCUCCCACCAGUUCCUGCUGCUCAGCAGCCCCCCAGCCAAGGAGGCUCGUUUUCGCACUGCCAAGAAGCUAUAUGGCAGCACGUUCGCCUUCCAUGGUUCCCACAUAGAGAACUGGCACUCUGUUCUGAGAAAUGGACUAGUCAAUGCCUCUUAUACCAAACUGCAGCUGCAUGGGGCAGCGUAUGGAAAGGGCAUCUAUCUGAGCCCCAUCUCCAGCAUAUCUUUCGGAUACUCAGGAAUGGGGAAAGGACAGCACCGCAUGCCCACGAAAGAUGAGCUAGUGCAGCGUUACAACCGAAUGAAUACCAUACCACAGAGUCGCCCAAUACAAUCAAGAUUUCUUCAGAGUCGAAAUCUAAACUGCAUUGCUCUGUGUGAAGUGAUCACAUCUAAGGACUUGCAGAAACAUGGCAACAUCUGGGUAUGUCCAGUGUCUGACCAUGUCUGCACCCGCUUCUUUUUUGUGUAUGAGGAUGGACAAGUAGGAGAUGCCAACAUCAACACCCAGGAGCCUAAGGUGCAGAAGGAGAUCAUGCGUGUGAUUGGGACCCAGAUCUAUUCCAGCUAAUGGAGACCCACCAGUGAUGCUUGGAUCCAUAUGUCUCUCUGGCGGAGGCACACAGACGGGCAGAUAGAGCGAAUGUUUGGCCGAGCCGACCCCAGGCCUGAUACUGAAGGCUGAGGGAACUCUUGAGCACAUUAUUUCCUCUGAUCCUUACAUUUUCCACUCUAUACUUUGUUCUUUUAUAAUCUGACCGGUUGCACAUUCCAUAUUCAUUUCAUUUAAGUGUCAGUUAGGGCUCGCCUGCUUUUUUUUAUUGUCAGUCUACACACGCACAUACUCUUUAAAACCUGUUGAGAGUGACUGCUGGGGUUCCCCUUUUAUUGCUGCACUUUUGCUUAUCCUACUGACUAAUUAUCUCCAUUUAUUAUUGCUCCUCGUGAGCAUCUAGUAAAAAGAUCAAGUAAGACAAUAGCCAACAAUGAUCAGUUUAAUUAAUAUUCUUUGAUAAAUGAAUAUUCAAGUCUGUUAUCUGAGGGGCAAGCAAUACUAGUACUACUUAUUUUGUUCUUGUUCUAGCAACAAAGCUCCCAGAAUUGAAAAAGUGAUGUGUGGCUUGAAUUCAUCCAGCAUUUAGUUUACAAAAAAAAAAAAAAAAAAAAACAAUUUCCAGAAUCCAUCAAUUGCAUUAGUGUUUUUACUAAAAACUUAAAACCCAUUCUGACUGAUGAUGCACUUUUCAAAACUAACUCUAAAUGUUAAACACUUGGGAAUCAAAAAAGAAAAAAAACGUACUCAGAGUUUUCCUUUUUUUUUUUUUUUAAUCUGGCUUGCCAUUAACGUAGGACUGUAGGUUUGAGUAAGAAUGAUUUCUGUAGAGCUUCAUCAAGUGACAUAUUUGCUGUUACACCAGAUAUAAUUUCAUUCUGUUUGGUUCUGCAGGAAUACUAACAAAAUAAUGUGUUUUAUCUUUACUAAAAACAAAGAUAUCAGUGUAUCAUCAAGGCUCACUCGCCAGUACAUGUGGAUGAUGCUUUUCCACUUUAAAUGGCCAAAACAUUAGACAUGAAAUAGACGGUGACCUCCUUUCUUGCCAAAAAAGAAAUGAGAGCAUAAACUGAUGAUUUUGCAAAAGGGUGAGUAUAAUAUCUGUGUAUUAAGAGAUAUAUUCAGUUGCCUGUGUUCUGUGUUAGAAAAUCUACCAUAAUCUGUUCCUCUGUGCCAUUUCUUCGUUUCAACACAGUAGUUACCGCUUUUUCCUUAUUAUUUCCAAAUUUCUAUUUUUGUGUAUGAACUCCGGGUCCCAGUGGAUUAACAACUUACAAAAUGAACUGUACAGAAAAUUAUAGACAAUUUUACAAACUAUCUACCAACAGUAUCAGGUCCAGGUGAGCUCACAACCCUCCCAUCCCAACCUGGAUAUUACUGAGGAGUGUGCAACGCUGUGUUUUCACCUUGGAGAAUGACAACCUUGUAUAUCUAAUCAAGUUUAUCAGUUAGUCAUGUACUGUAUGUAUGUACGUGUGGGUUUGUAUUCUCUUGACAUUAUACUAGACAUUGCACUUAUUCAACAUUUGCCUAAAUUGGAGAAACUGACAGUCCUCGGACCUGCAGUAGAUGAGGAAAACAGAGGGAAAAAAAAGAGGGAAAUGUACUGUAUGUAUGGAGUAAGCAGCACCAUGAUAUCCAACAUCUUGACUAUGUAUCAAGCUGGAUUUCAGCUUCUCCUGGAACUGAAAAUUCUGACUAUUGAAUGGACUUUGAAGCACUGAUAGACUGAAUUGUAAAUAAGGACAUCGGAGACCCUGUUGCAAUGUAUUGCUCAGAAAGAAGUGCACAUGUACAGCUGACUCAUUGUGUCGUGGGACUGUGCUAAUAGCUGAUGCCUGUUUUCUGCCAAGAGGAUUGAGCUGCGAGUGUCUUUGAGAAUCUUUUUUUUUUCUCGCUGUCUGUCUCUGAGUAGUGUUUUCAAAGAUGAUGUUGAUGACAAUGACAGCUAUUAUGAUGAUGACGAUGAAAGGUGGCGAUGUGGAGGA